AUGCGGUGGGUGUUUAGAAUAAAGAAAGCAAAUGCCUGCGAGUCGUGGACAACACUCAAAUCUCCGGUUUUCGACACCGAUAACUUUAUAAUCAUGGCGGGGUAUCUCCAAGAAACCGUGUCUCAUGCGAAGUGGAAAUCCUCAUCUAAAACCGUUGAUGAAUCUAACAAUGUACCUUCAGAUAAUUUCGAUUGUAAUAUCUGUCUAGAUACAGUCCAAGAUCCGGUGGUCACACUUUGUGGACAUCUCUAUUGUUGGCCAUGUAUUUACAAAUGGAUUGAUCUUUCACACAAAGUAAAUCCACUAUGCCCCGUAUGUAAAACCGAAAUAUCAGAAAAAACCCUAAUUCCAUUAUAUGUUCCUACCUCGACCGCAAAACCGAAUUCUCAAGAAAAAAUUGUCUCGAUCCCACGUAGGCCAUGUGUUGUCCACACCAUGCCAUCUCAACAACAUACUUUACCUGACAUUCGACAAGAAGUACCCAAUGUAAUCUUACCGACAAUCCCGAUAUCUGGGAUGUUAGGUGAAAUGGUGUACAUGGGGAUUUUUGGGAAUUCUGAAGAUUUGUUGUUCGGUAAUGGAGAUACGUAUAGUUCUGCGGGGAUGAGUACACAACGGGCGAGAAGGAAAGCGGUUCGAGAUGAGAGGUCGCUUGGUCGGAUUUGCUUUUUCUUGUUAUGUUGUGUAAUGUUGUGUCUCGUAUUAUUUUGAAUAUCCGAUGCCAUGAUAUAUUGUAUCUAAAAAUAUGAAAUUUUGUUAUAUGUCCAUUGAUGGAAUACACCAUAUAUAGGAUUCAA